AGUGGGAGCAGCAGCAGCAGCAGCGUGGAGCUUGCCCUUCCCAAACACAGGAAUAAGCAGCCACCAGAGAUUUCACAGGCUAGAAGAUUAAAGCAUAUCAGCGCUGAAUAGCUGCCUGGGGAUUUGGCAAUGAGACCCAUCAUAGCUGCACUCCUUCUGCUCCUUAUAGCGGUCUGUACACUCCAUGUGGAAGGUUCAAAGUGCAAAUGUUCCAGAAAGGGGCCAAAAAUAAGAUUUACAGAUGUGCAAAAACUGGAAAUCAAGCCAAAAUAUCCAUACUGUGAAGAAAGGAUGAUAAUCGUAACCAUGCAGAAUGUCUCUCGGUUCCGAGGCCAGCAAUAUUGCUUGCACCCUAAACUCCACAGUACAAAAAAAUUCCUGAAGUGGUACACAAUAUGGAAGGAUAAAAACAGAGUAUAUGAAGAUUAAAUGAAAACGUGUCUGGAAAGCAAUCUGGAUAUGGGCAUUUUGGCUGAAGAGUUGGCUGAGCACAGAUCCUUCCCUGUGCUUCAGAUACAGAUGGUGUUUGGACUUUAUUACGAGGCUCUCUUUAAGAAGAGCCCGUUUUAACGGUUUCUAGUCAUACACAGACGGUUUUUAGAACUCAUAAUUGUCUCCUACACUUCUGAGUUUAUCUAUGCCUGCAUAUUCCGUGAUAUUGGAAAGACUGUACUGCCAUUAUUUUAUGAUCCAUAGUCUGCGCUUGAUCGACAGAUUGAUAGAACUGUCUAUGAGCUUUAUAAGUUCGUCACAUCCGAAGGUAAACUAGCAUCCCAAAAUCUUCUUUCGAGUUGCCUAGAUUUGCAACAGCGGUAGAAUUUCUCCCCCUUUAAUGCAAACUCCUCUUUUCAUUGACUUUAUUAGACUGCUGUAUAUGUCAUCUAUCGUAGGGAAGGCCGCAUUUUUUAUUUUUUGAGACCCUGCCUGUAAAAUAGCUUAUUUGGACUCCUUUACAAAGUGUUACGCUUUAGUUGCAGCUAAAAUGGCUUAAUAUUCUCAAAAAUUUGGCACUUUGUGGAUAUAACGCACUUUGAUUUUGUAAAGAUUAAUUCCAAAAUAUGUUUGUUUUUUUAAGACAUUACAUUUUUUUUUAUCUUAUAAAGUCUGGUAAAAUGUUUGCCGGAUUAUUUGGCAUGCACAAUUUAUUCAUAGCAAAUUUGGAAAUUUUGUGGUAAAUUAUUUGGAUGUUCAGUUUCUAAUACAGAUUUGCUUCUCUAUUUUGUUAGUAUUUAUUGAUGCAAAAUAAGCUUGUUUAACUCAUUCGUGCCCACAGCAUUAGCAACACCAAAGGCUAGAUUUUGUAAAGUGGUCUUUUGCUGAACCCCUUUGAGAGUAAGAGAAUGAUAGGAAUGAAUGAGGAAUAAACUCACUAAGUGGCCACUUCUGUCUCAAGUGCCAAGUGAUUAUAAUGAUGAAAUCCCCCCCCCAAAAAAAUGUAAUUUGUGAUGCUAGACAUAUGAUCAAUAGAGAUCUGAAUUUAUUAGCAUCUAAGGUUGCGGUGACUUGGCCAUUUUCUGAUAAUUGUAAAUAAAUUCUCUAAUUGACUCUGAAUACCCUAUCAGCAUAAUUGAAUUCCCUUCCCCAAAUACUUGAGAAGUCAAUACCUUGUGUAUGUAUAAUCAAGGAGUUCAGAGUAGAAUUCCUGACUUCCUUCCCAUAUCAGUAUACAUCAUACAGGUAUUGGAAACCUUAUCAAGAACCCAAGGAGUACUAGACAGGAGGUUUUUGUGGGACCAUAGCACUGAUCCAAUGGGUCAGCAGUUUUAUAGUUAAACAACCUGCCACUUCUGCUUCAUCCUCCAUUACAAUCAAUAUCUACUUACAAUUCUGGCAUUUGGGUCAAUUUAGGUUCCUGGUUUGGAUACUGGGACUGAGAAAUAUAGGAAAUUACACUUUAGCACAUGACUAUUUAGUUACUAUUGAUUACUGUAUGUGUCGGUUACUAAUUUACGUAUGGGACUUAAUCUGGAUACACAUGACAGGUACUGAUGGCAAGGUUUUAACAAAACUGCACAACUGUGUUUACUUAACUCCAAAAGACCCAAAUACUCUGGUCAACUACAUGGAAUUGACCAGAUUCUGGGUGACGUAUUAGUAAAUCCAUUCAGCAGGAAGUCAGUGGCACGUAUUUAAAAUCAAAGGACAAAUGAAUACUGAGCUAUCUUCUAAAUGUAAUCAUUUAGCAAAUUGUCAGAUGAGGUCCUAUAUUGGACAUUUUGGCUGCCGGUGUUCGUAGCCAACUUCACAAAAUGCCUUUAUACGUCCUGCUUAGGAUAUUUACCCUCAUGUGUCAAAAAAAGGAGCUAAGUUUGCCCAGCAGCAGUAACCCAUAGCAACCAUAAGAUGUUUGCUUUUAUACAGGUAAUGCUUUCUGCUGAUUAGUUACUAUGGGUUAAUGCUCUUGGGCAGACUUUGUACCUUUUGUUACAUAACCCUAUUAUAAUGGUACAUUAUCUAAAAUAUCCUAAGGACAGUGGACAUGCCACAAAGUUUUUGAAUGUCAACUUAAUGGGACUUUUUGGGGUAAAUAUAUGUGUAUGUGUGCAUAUAUACAAAUAAUAGAAUAAUAAUGUAAACUGUCAGAGAUGUGCAACCCAUUUUAGAUUUGCAAAUGAACAUAAUUCAUUGCUAUAGAACGUCAAGCUUUUACGGUAACACACACACGUGUCAGUCUUAAGUUCCCACAGAAAGCAGAUCAUUCAAUAAUAACUAUAAUUUGUAAAUAAAAUUUAACAGAAACGCUUCAUAUAAAUAUUUGUAUAUUAUCUAUACAUGUAAUGUAUUGUAUUGCUAAAUUAUCAUGUAAUAUUUAUGUAUUUUCCUUACGUAGAAAGUUGCAUGCUGGUUUCUUAUUUCUUUUUCAAAUAAACUGGUAAAAAAUUAAAAA